AUGUCGAAAACAAUCAAGACAAUGAUUAGCGAUCUCGGUGUUGACAGCAGCGACCCGAUUCCGAUUUGUAAUUGCUGGAUUGGUGCACAUUACCACAAAGACGACCCACCAUUUGUUGAAGACGAGAACAAAACGAGAACAAUGGAAAUCUGCGCAUGGGAUAGGCAGUUCUUCAACGUCGACCAGGGAACAAUAUUCGAAUUGAUCUUGGCUGCAAAUUACCUAGACAUCAGAGGUCUGCUUGACGUUGCAUGUCGAGUUGUCGCCAGCAUGAUCAAUGGAAAAACUCCUGAGGAGAUCCGCCGUACCUUCAAUAUCAGAAAUGACUUCACGCCAGAAGAAGAAGCACGUAUUCGUAAGGAGAACGCAUGGCGUUACGUACCCUAUAAUGAUUAUGCGGAAGAUUCUGUGGAAGAACUCACGGAGUACUAUGAGAAGAUACUACGUGUUCGGAUGAACUUGAAGCAAAACGUCACGCAGAAGGGAUUCCUGAACAAUAUAAUCUUGAUGGAACCGGUGCGGACCGAGAUACCUCCUGAGAAUGUUUUGAAGCGAGUAGAAUACGAAGAGCCGCCCAAAGGUAUCGAAGUGGAGACGUUAGUCGAUGUCAUGCGACGACUUCAUUCUCUUACAGCAGCAGAGAUGCGCACCUUCCUCUCAAGCAAGGGCACCAAGGAAACAGCUCGUGCAAGGUUACGGCGCUAUUACCGCAAGGAAUUCUCCAUGUAUCGAAUGCUCCACGAAGGAGAUAGUAUGCCACGUUUUGGAAACAAGACUGCACGACAUUUUGACUUUCUAGUGGCGAUCGACUUUGAGUGCACCUGCGUUGAGGUUAUUUAUGAUUAUCCGCAUGAGAUCAUCGAGUUUCCUGCCGUGUUGAUUGAUGUCCGGCAAAUGAAAAUUGUGGACACAUUUCGCACAUUUGUAAGGCCAGAGAAGAAUCCGACUCUUGAUCCAUUCUGCGUUCAGCUUACCGGGAUUUCUCAAAGCACGGUUGACUCUGCUCCAGUGUUCAAAGAUGCCUACAGACUUUUUCGAGACUGGAUGGCACAUCACAAUUUAGGCGACAACGGUCACCGUUAUGCCUUUGUGACUGAU